UGACAAGCUUUGUUGGUGACAUGCAGAAAGUGGUUACCGUCAAGCAAGGCGUUCCAUGGUCCACCUAGUACCUACCUCUGAAAUGAAAGAGGAGACGCAUGAUCACUCGCUCCUGACCAGUACAGUCAGUCAGUGUUUGCAUUGCUUUGCAUUUCCCCGGCUAACUGCGAGCUUGGUUUGGACCUGGUCCGGAAAACUGGUCACUCUUGGCUCGGGCAGGUGCUGAGCUGUGAAUAUUUCAGAGAAAGUGAAGUAGUAUUUGAAUCAUUCGUCUUUGAGAUCGAGAGUUCUCACUUUCAGCUUGUGAGAACUUCUUGAGACUGCAGUUGGAACCGGGGCGUCGGUAGUCCAGAAAUUCCGCACAAUGGGUGAUUUUCUAGUCAACGAUUUCCCGCGAUACUUCGUUCUGUUCAUAUGGAUAGCCGUCAACUGCUUCAUGUUUGGCUACUUCUGCUGGAUAUUUGAGAGCGAGCCGAAAUGGUUCUAUCUACGACUCGUUCUCAAGCGUGGGCUGUGUCUAGCUCGAGGUUCGGCGGCGUGUCUCAAUCUCAACUGCAUGCUCAUUCUGAUCCCGGUCUGCCGCAAUCUCAUCUCCUUGGUCAGAGGUUCGGGACGGAGUGUGCGCCGUACGGUACGCCGUCUUCUGGACAAGAACAUCACGUUUCACAAGAUUGUAGCCUGGUCCAUUGUCUUCUUUUCAGCUAUUCACACCGGCUCUCAUUUCUGGAACUAUGAGCGCAUCUGCUACAUCUGGGACGAGCUUCCGGGCAUGCGUUGCAUACCCACCGAUGCCCAGCCAAUCAACUCACCAGGACCAGUGCCUAUCAACGUGAUGUGGACCACUUGGGCUGGAUUUACUGGUCACAUCAUUCUCGUUGCUCUCUUCCUCAUGGUGACAUCCUCCAUCGAGAUAAUAAGACGGUCCUACUUUGAGGUGUUUUGGUACACACAUCAUCUGUUUGUUGUCUUCUACGCCUGCCUUAUCAUUCACGGCUUCCAGGGACUACUGAAAGGACAGACCAACACGGACUAUCACGAUCCGAAUUUCUGCUACAACAAGUAUCUGUUGCGGAAUGGCAGCUCGUGUAUUCUCACCACCGAGGAGAAGAGUUGUCGACUUGAGGAGGCACAGUUUGCUGCCGGGGGAGCACAGACGUGGAAGUGGGUUGUCGGACCGCUUGCCCUGUACCUGCUCGAGCGUCUGAUUCGAUUCUAUCGCGCUCAGCAGCGUGUCGUGAUCACCAAGGUCGUGCAGCACCCGUCCAAGACUAUUGAACUGCAGAUGCAGAAGAAAGGAUUCUUUGCCGAAGCUGGACAGUAUAUUUUCAUGCAAGUUCCGGAAGUCUCCGCUCUGGAGUGGCAUCCGUUCACGUUGACCUCGUCCCCCGAGGAGAGAUACUUCAGUGUUCACAUCCGUGUUGUCGGUGACUGGACUGAGGCCCUGGCAAAGCGUCUCGGUGUUGGAAACGAGGAGUUCCAGCAGUCGUAUGACAUGCCAACAGUGAACAUUGAUGGACCGUUCGGUACGGCUAGUGAGGACAUCUUCCGUUUCCGUGUGGGAGUCUGCAUCGGCGCUGGUAUCGGUGUCACGCCGUUUGCCUCCAUCCUCAAGUCAAUCUGGUACCAGAUGUUCGGCGCUAACCGCAGUGACAACGACGGCUCACUCAAGCUGCAGAAGGUCUACGUCUACUGGAUUUGUCCGGACACUCAGGCGUUCGAGUGGUUUGCCGACCUUCUGAAGACCCUAGAGGAUCAGUUGAUCGAGAACGGCAUGGCGGAUUUCCUGGAUUACAACAUCUACUUGACACGUGGCUGGGAUCAGAACAUGGCAAAGAACAUCAUGUUGCAUGAGGACGAGUCGCGUGACGUCAUCACAGGUCUGCAGCAGAAGACGCACUUUGGUCGGCCGCAGUGGCGCAACAUCUUUGAGAACAUGGCCGCAGCGCAUCGCGGUGAGGACAUAGGCGUGUUCUUCUGCGGUCCGAAGAUUCUCUCGUCCGCUCUGCACGUGGAGUGCAACCGCUGCACGGACUUGCAGAACGGAACGCGCUUCUACUACAACAAGGAGAACUUCUAGCCUGCUUUCCGCUUUCCGUACACGUGUAAGCCGGAGAGGCGGAGUGCUGCGUAACCGGCGGCCAUCAUUUGUAACCAUUGGCAGUUGCCAUGGUUACCGAGUGCUUUUACCCAGCUGGUCUGGCGUGAUGGCCACCGUACUGCGACUGUCAACUGGUGUUCUCCCAGCUCUUGUCUACUUCACGUGCAGUUUGAAUCGGAGCAUUCACUGCGCCAAUGUGCUUUCAGAUUUGUCUUCCCAUGUUUCGACUAGGUAACUUACUUUCUUUAGUGCAGAAAAAUAUACAGCAUGUGAGCGCGUGCGCGUGGAGGCGAUAUUCGCUCCCAGUCUGAUAUUUUAGAUGUAUUUAUAUUGAACGACGGUCUCUCGGCUGGCAGUGUUCUUGGUUAGAUUCCUGUCGGUGCUUUUUCUUGUUAGUUAUGUUUGCCUUUGUGGCAUUGCCUGGCCUAUGGCUCUAUUGGGCUCAAGCUCUGUCAAAGAUAUUCUCUCUCUCUAUCUAUCUAUCUCUCUCUCCCUCUCUCUCUCUCUCUCUCUCUCUCUCUCUCUCUCUCUCUCUCUCUCUCUCUCUCUCUCUCUCUCUCUCUCUCUCCCUCUCUCUCUCUCUCUCCCUCUCUCUCCCUCUCUCUCUCUCUCUCUCUCUCUCUCUCUCUCUCUCUCUCUCUCUCUCUCUCUCUCUCUCUCUCUCUCUCUCUCUCCCCUCAGUGCUCACCCCAGGUUCAGUAAAGUUGUUUUUUUUCCCUCAUUGUAUAUGCACAGGCUGGUCCUGUUUUGCUUUCUUUACUCACAGUUUGUGUAUUACCCAACUCACGUUUUAGUAUGUGCUGAUGGAGAAGUGCUUUUUUAGUAUGUCCUGUUGGAGAAGUGCUUUUUUAGUAUGUGCUGAUGGAGAAGUGCUUUUUAGUAUGUGCUGAUGCAUGGAGAAGUGCUUUUUUCCUCCGUGCGUACCCACCCAUGGGCUCGGUGUUGUUUGUUGUAUCAUGCCAGUACAUAGCUGCAGGUGGCCAUGUACAUUCCUCAUGUUCCUACUGUAUGUCGGUGGCAGACCCCUACCCCCCUCCCGCCUCAUUUUUAAUGAUUGUGAAGCACAUCUAAUGCUAGGAUCUCUCGAUCGAUCUCUCUCUCUCUCUCUCUCUCUCUCUCUCUCUCUCUCUCUCUCUCUCUCUCUCUCUCUCUCUCUCUCUCUCUCUCUCUCUCUCUCUGCAUGCAUUUGUUUUUUCAAGACGUGUUGCGCGUAUUAUAGCUUAUGAUAUUUUCAUGAAUAUUCUCGUUCGUGUUAGUCACAGUUUGUCAAUGUCAGCUUCCUUUUACCCAUCGGGCAUCUUUAUCUCUUUUCUUCUUCUUUUUUCUUUAUCUAAAAGCACAUCAGAACCCGUUUACUCAUUGGCUAGUUAUCUUUUUAGGGCACUGCCCUGUUGCCAGCCCGGCAGGUGGUUUUUCAUGCAAUACGGUCUUGUGGCUGGGCCUAGGAACAGUAUCCCAGA